UGACCAGUUCAGUUUCAAGAUAAUACACACACAGAGAGAUGAACCAAAACCGGAUCAGAUCAUUUUCAUCUUUCUCUAUCUUUCUUGUAAUUCCUCUUUCUGGAAUUAUUUUACUGCUCAUCAUAAUUCCCUGGAAGGAUUCGGAGCGGCUCUUGCAGUCGUAUUUGUACUCCGCUCCUUCAUGGAGGCCGUCGUCGACCAGCUCCAAUGCUGCUACUUCAUCGUCGUCAUCCCAUCAACCUUCAAUUUUUCAUUCGUCGCCAUCUCUCCCAGUUGAGGAGAUGAAGAGGAGGAGUGAAUAUUAUAAGCACGCUCCAGUGGCAGAUGCAAAGUUGCAGAAGGCUAAAGGCGUGCUUGCCAGGGCUAGGGCAUUGAUAAGAGAGGCAGUUAUGAACCCUAAUCACACGUCGAAGCUUCACGACCCUGAUUACGUCCCACAUGGCGAUAUAUAUCGGAAUGCAUAUGCAUUUCAUCGGAGCUACCUGCUAAUGGAGAGUCACUUCAAGAUAUUUGUUUAUAAAGAAGGAGAACCCCCAAUCUUCCACAAUGGCGUUUGCAAGGACAUCUAUUCCAUGGAAGGCUUCUUCAUCAACUUCAUGGAAUUGGACACCCGAUUUCGGACCCAAGAACCCAGCGAGGCCCAUGUCUACUUCCUUCCGUUCAGCGUCGUCAUGAUUCUUGAGCACCUCUUCGAUCCAAUCAUUCGAGACAAGGCCGUCCUACAGAGAGUCUUGGUCGACUACAUCCAUGUCAUCUCGCACAAGUACCCUUACUGGAACAGAAGCCUCGGGACUGAUCAUUUCAUGCUUUCUUGUCAUGACUGGGGACCAAGAGCAACGUGGUACGUGCCCCAGCUCUACUUCAACUCGAUUCGAGUCCUUUGCAAUGCUAACACCUCCGAGCACUUCAAUCCACGGAAAGAUGCCUCCUUCCCUGAGAUCAACCUUAGGACCGGCGAGAUUCCAGACCUCACUAUAUCCUCCAACUUCAAAACGGAGCGACCUAUCCUCGCCUUCUUUGCAGGUGGGCCCCACGGCCGGAUUCGUCCUGCUUUAUUCCAUCACUGGAAGGAGAAAGAUGAGUCCCUCCUUGUCUAUGAAACCCUACCCGAGGGUCUCUCCUACUCCGAGAUGAUGAGGAAGAGCAAGUUCUGCCUCUGCCCGAGCGGCCACGAAGUUGCAAGUCCAAGGAUCCCAGAGGCGAUCUACGCGGACUGUGUCCCAGUGCUGAUCUCAGAGCAUUACGUGCUGCCCUUCAGCGAUGUGCUAGACUGGGAUUCCUUCUCGGUUAGGAUUUCUGUAAAGGAUAUCCCGGACCUAAAGAAGAUACUGACAGGGAUUCGUGAGAAGGAAUAUGUGAGAAUGCAAGCUAAUGUGAGGCAGGUGAAGCGGCAUUUUGCUGUGAACAAUCCGCCCAAGAGGUUCGACGUGUUCAGUAUGAUCAUUCACUCGGUCUGGCUCCGAAGGUUGAACCUGCGCAUCGGUGUAAUCUAAUCUCAAUCGAGUCAUUACUCUUACACCCUGUUUAGAAUCAGUUCGUUUCAAUUCAAUUUAAAAAUUUUUAGGGAUGUAGGCACAGGAGAGUCCAACAACGUCGACUUUUGCUUAUGUUCCUUCCAUAGUUAAGCUAUAGGAUGUUGUUUAGAUCAAUUCAUGGGGCUAACACUACAAUAUAAAGAACCUGAAUAGUGGCAGUAAUUUUUUGCUAUGUAUAAUUGGCGGUUCUUAUGUAAAGACUAUGAAGCUCCUCGUGUAAGUUCACGA